GGUAGCGCCGGCAGCCACCUUCGUCGAUCGACCUUCGCGUUCUCCUUCGCAGCUUCGAUGCAAUCGACAUUCUUGUUCUAAUUUCAUCUGAAGAUGCCGUUCUCUUCUGCUAUGUCAAGGUAUGUCUUCCCCCAAUCCUCUCUCUUUCUGCAAUCUUCUCCCUCUUUCUUCCUUCCUUCUCUCCCUUCCUUCCUCAAUCUGCGAUUUUGUGUGCAUUCUCAUUCUGCAAACCCAAGUAGCCUCCGAGACUCCGUAGCUUCGUUCCAUCGCUUGCUCUCCAUGAGUCCGCCGCCCUCCAUUGUCGAAAUUAAUAAGAUUUUAGGAUCACUUGCAAAGACCACACAUUGCACCACUGCUAUCUCACUUUCUGCGCAGGCGGAAUUGAAAGGAUUCAGACCAUGUUUAGUUACAUUGAACAUUUUGAUCAAUUGCUACUGUCUUGUGGGUGACAUCACUUCUGCUUUCUCUUUACUGGGGAAGACCUUCAAGUGGGGUUAUCGACCAAAUACUAUAACAAUGACUACGUUGAUGAAAGGACUCUGCAUGAAAGAUGUAGGGCAAGCACUCGACUUUCACGAUGACUUGUUGGCAAAAGGAUUUUGCUUAAGCCCAGUUACUUAUGGUACCUUAGUUAGUGGGCUUUGCAAAGCUGCAAAAACAAGAUGUGCUGUCAAAUUGCUCCAAAUGAUGGGGACACGGCAAAUUAAAACUGUGCCCAAUGUUGUCAUAUAUACUAUAGUUAUUGAUGGCCUUUGUAAAGAAGGCCUACUAAGUGAGGCAUCCAAGUUGUGUUCUGAAAUGAUUAGGCAAGGAAUAUCUCCUAAUAUUGUUACCUACAACACUUUAAUCUGUGGUUUCUCUAACACCAGCCAGUUGCAACAAGCUAUUAGGUUGCUAAAUGAAAUAGUCAUGAAAGGCAUCACUCCUACCCAACAUACCUUUAACAUAUUUAUUGAUGCAUUUUGCAAAAGAGGCAGGACCAUAGAAGCUCAAGCUGUUUUUGCUAAGAUGAUGAAGUGUUGUGUUAAACCUAAUGUUGUUAUCUUCAAUUCUUUGAUGAAUGGCUACUGCAUGAGGAAUGAUUUUAACGAGUCCGUAGCUGUGUUCAAUAAGAUGAUUAGAGCUGAUUUGACACCUACUGUUUGGAGUUACAAUAUAUUGAUCAAUGCACACUGUAAAUUAAAAAGGAUGGAUAAAGCCCUGGUUUUGUUUAAUGAGAUGCGCUGUAAAAAUUUGCUGCCUGAUACAGUCACUUACAACUCUCUUAUUGAUGGCUUGUGCAAAGCUAAGAGAAUGUCACAUGUGAAAGAUCUUGUUUAUGAGAUGCGUUGCAAUGGUCACGCUCCUAAUAUAAUAACCUGCAAUAUCUUGUUGGAUGCAUUUUGUAAAACAAAACUUCUUGAUGAGGCGAUUGCAUUAUAUCAGCAAAUUGUCAGUCAAGGAAUGCAACCUACAGUGCGCACAUGCAAUAUACUAAUCGAUGGUUUGUGUAAGGGAGGCAGGCUAAAUAUUGCGCGAGAGAUCUUUGAAUUCCUUUUGACCAGUGGCCAUCAUCUAGAUGUCUACACUUACAACAUUAUGUUGAAUGGACUCUGCAAAGAAAGCUUGUUCGGUGAGGCAUUGACAUUGCUUUCAAAAAUGGAAGAGAACGGCUGUCUCCCAGAUGCUGUGACAUUUAAAACACUUAUAGUAGGUCUUUUGAGGAAAAAUGAGAAUGAUAGAGCAUCAUUUUUUCUUUAUAAAAUGGUUGAUAGAGGAAUUCUGCGACAGCAAAACAAGUUCAAAGGCUCUAUUUUGGUCGAAUGAUAUGCUUUGUACUAAUGAUGAUACUUGCCUGAAGUUUUUAGGCCAGUGCUUGCCUCUUUGUUUGAAUUCAGCACGAUGGUUUUUAGGUGCAUUGUUAACUAUAAUAAAUGGUAUUUUUAAUUAUCAUAGGUUAUUAAUAACCUCAUUGCCAUUGUGUUCCAAGUAUGAGGUGCUGCUGUAAAGGUUUUUCUUCUUAUUACAUCUGUCGUGUGUGCGCGCGUUCAUUUGAGAACCAUGCAUUCUGUAUGUAGCUUCUUUCCUUUAUGAAUGCUAAUAUUGUCUCCUUUUCGGAAUGCAUGCUCCUUUGUUUGAAUAUGGGCAGUGCCCACUUUUAAUUGUCUGCGUUACUCAUUGUUUACUCAUUUAAUUAUUAUCUAAUUUGAAACAUUGUUAUAAACGACUAGGCUAGUGGAUUUUCUGGCUUUCUGCUGCUAUAUGAGUGCAUUUUGUUGCCAAUAAAUUUAACUGCAAUGAUUAACUAAUAAUCCCGUCAUGCUAAGCUGCAAUUUCUAUCCUGAAUUUGAAAUAUUUCAUGUGCUGCUCAUCCAUAUAUAAUUGCUACUGGAACAAUUUAUUUGGGAGGAAGGCUAUGAGAGGAGGGGAAGCAGUAAUUUCACUUAUUUGAAAUACUGAUCUGGAGACUGCAGCAACAGAACCAUAUGGGAUGAUAUUGCAGUUUUCUCUUUGUUCUCUGUGUGUGUGUUUUGACAACCACCGGUCCUUUUCUUGCAGUUUUGUUUCUAUCUUAAUCAUUUUGUGUUCUGUAUUCAUUUCAUAAUGAGUGAGUUUGCAGGAUCACCACUCGUACGUUAUGUUGCUUGAUUGACACUGCUGAUCAUUUCUGUUCCAUAGACACUAUGAAUUUCUCCCAGGCAGACAGUGUGUUUCUAGAGUUAUCAACUGAUCUUUUUAUAUUUAUUAAUUCUAUUUCUAGGUUA